UUGGUGUAUAAUGAACUCCGUUUUGAGGGGAAAUUUUGUGAUGCAAUCAUCAAAGUGGAGGAUGUUGAAUUUCCGGUCCACAAGAUAAUCCUGUGUAACUGCACCCCGUACUUCAGAGCUCUCUUCACCACCUCGAGCGACCCAGACAAACAGGUCUUCAACAUACCUGGCUUGUCUCCUGAGAUGAUGGCACUCAUCAUUGACUUUGCAUACACUGGCAGUGUUUCCGUAACGGAGGAAAACGCAGUGGAACUUCUCAUGGCAGCAGAACAAAUCAAUGUAAUGGACAUUGUAAAAAUCUGCAGUGACUUCCUCGGGGAACAACUCUGCGCAGAGAACUGUGUUGGCAUUUGGCAGUUCACAAAAGUACACUUAUCACCCGAACUACGUGCCAAGGCCUACCACUACAUCAUCAGUAACUUUGAGCAGGUGGUUCUUCAGGAGGAGUUCCUGCAGCUAACUGUGGAGGAACUUGGUGAUAUUCUUGAAAGAGAUGACCUCAAUGUACAGUGUGAGAACACUGCGUAUGGAGCACUUAUAAAGUGGAUUAGGCAUGAACCUGCAGAACGGGAACAACACCUCAUCGCUCUGUUGUCUAAGGUCCGACUGGGACUGAUGACUUUAGACUACCUAAAGGUACGAAUCAAUGAGUUGGUGCGGACCAAUUCUGACCGUCUGUCCAGGAUAAAAGGUGCCAUUAUGUUGACACAAAAUAUGACCAACAGACCCUAUGUGUUUCGCCUCUGUCCCCGUUUUGCUCGUCCCCGCCUGCCUCAUUCCGUCCUGCUGGCCAUUGGGGGAUGGAGUGGCCGUGGUCCAACUAACGCCAUCGAGGCCUACAAUUACCGGGCUGAAUGCUGGGUCAACGUAACAAACAACCUGGAGCGCCCUCGUGCCUAUCAUGGAGCCGCCUUCCUCAACGGGUACGUCUACUCCAUUGGUGGCUUCGAUGGGGUGGAGCAUUUCAACAGCGUCCGUAGGUUUGACCUCACCACUCACACCUGGAAUGAGGUGGCACCCAUGUACUGCCGCCGCUGCUAUGUGAGCGUGACUGUGUUGAAUGGGUUCAUCUAUGCCAUGGGAGGCUACGACGGGCAUGUACGACUCAGCAGUGCAGAGCGCUAUCAACCUGAAAUCAACCAGUGGAGUCUUAUUGCAUCCAUGCAUGAAGAGAGGAGCGAUGCCAGCUGCACAACACUUCACAGCCAGAUUUACAUUUGUGGUGGAUUCAAUGGGAACGAGUGUCUGCAGACAGCUGAAUGUUACAACCCAGAGACCGACCAGUGGACGAUGAUCAGUCCCAUGAACAGCCGCCGCAGUGGGAUAGGUGUCAUUGCAUAUGCGGAUCAUGUCUUUGCAGUUGGUGGCUUCGAUGGAAACAACCGUCUGCGCACCGCUGAGGCUUACAACCCGCAAACCAAUACGUGGAACCUCGUGUCCUCUAUGUUGACCCGCCGCAGCAACUUUGGCAUUGCGGUAAUCAAUGAUCGCCUCUUUGCUGUCGGGGGCUUCAAUGGCUUCGCCACCACUUUCAACGUUGAGUACUACGACACUUUAACCAACCGGUGGUUUAAAGCGCGUCACAUGGGGAUUUUCCGCAGUGCCCUGAGCUGCUGUGUGGUGUCCGGACAUCCCAACCUGUCUGAUUACACCAUUCCUCGUGACAGCCUGACACGUUUAAAUGUGUCAGAAGAAGCAGCGGAGUCCACAUAA